CCAUAAUGCACGUGGAGAAAGGCGCAGAGAAAACAAACAGAGCUCAUCAUGGCGGCCGAUAAUGAUCCCGAGUCUGAGGUGUUUGAGAUCACAGAUUUCACCACCGCGUCCGAAUGGGAAAGGUUUGUGUCCAGAGUCGAAGAAGUGCUGAACGACUGGAAACUGAUUGGCAGUAAUGUUGGCAAGCCACCCGAAAAGGGAGAAUAUACCACAGGCACAUGGGAGGAGAAGUCACGCGAGAUCAACUUUGCCGAUUUCAAGUUUUCCGUCACGCACCAUUACCUGAAACAGGAAUGUUCCGAGGGCGAGGGGAAGGAGGACGGCGAAGAAGAUGCCUUUCCUCUGGCCAUGCAGGACCUGCUGUGCAUGAACAACGACUUUCCUCCGAGGGCGCACUGCCUUGUCAGAUGGUAUGGAGUGCGGGAAUUUGUGGUCAUCUCUCCUGGAGCGAACUGUGAAGCGAUUAUCAGCGAAUCCAAGUGCAACCUGCUGCUCAGUUCUGUCUCUAUCGCUUUGGGAAACACUGGCUGCCAGGUGCCGCUGUUCGUGCAGAUCCAGCAGAAGUGGAGGAAGAUGUACACGGGCGAGUGCCAGGGCCCCGGGGUUCGCACCGACUUCGAGAUGGUGCAUCUGCGCAAAGUUCCCAGCCAAUACAACCACCUCUCAGGCCUGCUGGAUAUCUUCAAAGCCAAAAUAGGGUGCCCGCUGACCCCGCUACCACCCAUCAACAUCGCCAUCCGCUUCACCUACAUCCUCCAAGACUGGCAGCAGUACUCCUGGCCCCAGCAGCCUCCUGACUUCGACGCCCUGCUCGCCGGAGAAGUCGGAGGCGUCGAGUUUGGCAAACUUCCGUUCGGCGCUUGCGAGGAUCCAAUAAGCGAGCUGCACCUCGCGACAACCUGGCCCCAACUGACUGAAGGCAUAGUCGUGGACAAUGACGUAUAUUCCGAUUUGGACCCACUCCAAGCUCCUCACUGGUCCGUGAGGGUGCGGAAAGCGGACAAUCCCCAAUGUUUGCUUGGCGAUUUUCUCACGGAGUUCCUCAAGCUGUGCAGCCGGAAGGAGUCCACGGAUGAGAUACUGGGAAGGAGUUCGGCCGAGGAGGAAGGCAAAGAAAACAGUGACAUCACUCAAGCACUGUCUAAGCUGACGGAGCCCACAGCGGUGCCGAUCCCCAAACUGUCCGUCUCGAACAUGGUGCACAGCGCCCGCAAGCACAUCCGCCGGCACCGCCGCAACGAUCAGUCUCCACUCAGUAACGACGUGCUCAAUUCUAUCCUACUGUAUCUCUUCCCAGAUGCAGCGCUGGACAAAUCCGACUCGAAUGAAGCUAAAGCAUCUCAGUCGAACCCGGGAGGAAAGAGCGAUCAAGAUAAAGAAACGGAGGACUACAAUCUGUUUAGCGUGCUGAAAUCGGCUCCGUGGGACUGUCUGACCUACAGGCUGGCGCUGUGUGUGUGUUUGGUGAAUUUCUACCACGGUGGCAUGAGAGCUGUGGCCCACCUGUGGCAGGAGUUUGUGCUGGAGAUGCGCUAUCGCUGGGAGAACAAUUACCUCAUCUACGGGUUGCCUGCUGGCCCUCCUGAUCUGCGAUGCUGCCUUCUCCACCAGAAACUCCAGAUGCUCAACUGCUGCAUCGAGCACAAGAAAGCGAGGGACGACAUCCGGAAAGACGCGGCCGGUGAAAACGGACUCCCGGUGCCUCAGGCGUCAUCGGGAAAGUCCUGGGACUCGUGGAGCGACAGCGAGGACGAGUUCUUUGAGUGUCUGAGCGACGCAGAAGAUAUGAAAGAGGUGCCGGCGGACGGAGUUAAAGGAGCAGGAGCCAAAAUAAAGCCUGAGGGUCGACUGCAGACUCAUGGCAAGCUGACCUUGCUCAACUCACUCGAGCCGCUCUAUAUACCAGUCACGCAGGAGCCAGCGCCCAUGACCGAAGACGCGCUGGAGGAACAGUCGGAGGUGUUGGCCAAAUUGGGCACGUCGGCUGAGGGCGCCCAUCUCCGUGCGCGCAUGCAGAGCGCCUGCCUGCUCUCAGACAUGGAGUCCUUCAAGGCGGCCAAUCCUGGCUGUUCCCUGGAGGAUUUUGUGCGCUGGUACUCGCCAAGAGACUACGUGGAGGAGGAAGUGAGCGAUGAGGCGGGCGGGACGGUGGUCCAGGGAUCGCUGAGUGCCAGGAUGAAGAUACCGGGCAACAUGUGGGUGGAAGCAUGGGAGAGUGCCAAGGCCACACCAGCACGUAGGCAGAAGCGGCUGUUCGACGACACUAAAGAAGCCGAGAGGGUGCUGCAUUAUCUGGCAGUCCAGAAACCUUCUGACCUCACACGACACCUGCUGCCCUGCAUCGUCCAUGCUGCUAUACUCAAAGUGAAGGAGGAAGAGGCGGUUGAGGACAUCGCAUCGGUGCGUAAAAUCAUUCCUCAGGUCAGCUCUCAUGCCAGUAAACUGCUGCGCCACCCCAGUCCUGAUCUCAAGAAACUGGAGGAUACUAUUAACCAGAUCACGAUGCUGGAGGCCACAAUUGCCCGGGCUCGAUCUCUCAGAGCUAAGUUUGGCCUCGGGAAAGGAGAGAGACGAGAGGACACUGAGGAUCUCGAGCUGUUCGUGAGCUCUCUGUUAGAAGAGCCCGAGGUGGCCGUGAUUGGCGCGGGACGGGGUCCGGCAGGAAGCAUCAUCCAUAAACUGUUCGUCAGCGCUCAGCGGGGUCGCAGAGAGCCUGGAGCCUAUCCCAGGGUACUCGGGGCACAAGGACUCUCCCAGCCUAUCGCAGCGCAUAAUUAAACACACGCUCACACACAACGGACAAUGUAGAGACGCCAAUCCGCCUACGACAAAAGACAGCCUAAAUGUCUUUGGACUUGUGGGAGGGAACCAGAGGACCCGGAAGAAACCCCUGAGUCAUGGGGAAAACAUGCAGACUCGGUGCACACAGCGGAGGCAGGAAUCGCACCCCCAACUCCGGAGGUGUGAGGCAAGCGUGCUAACUGCUAUGAAACUAUGUCCCCUACAUAUGUAGAACAAGAUUAAAAUAAGUACAUAACGUUUGCGUUCACGUUUAUUCAUUAAGCAGACGCUUUUAUCCAAAGCGACUUACAAAUGAGGAAAUACAAGCAAAGCGAUAUAUCGACAGAACAAUUCAAGUAGUGCUACCAUACAAGAUCUUGUAAUUGAGUUCUAGACAAGUAAAGUGCACAGAGUAGAGGUGUAAGAGACAGAUUAAGUUGUUGUUUUUUUUUUAUUAUUAUUUGGGGGUUAUCGUUUUGGGGGUUAGUUACGUGCUCACGGAAGAGGUGGGUCUUCAGCUGUUUUUUGAAGAUAGUGACACAUUCUGCGGUACGGAUUGAGGUUGGAAGUUCAUUCCGCCACUGAGGGACGGUUAGUGUGAAGGUUCUGGAAAGGGACCUUGAGCCACAGUGAGUAGGCACUACUAAACGAUCACAGAUUGUGUGAGGGAAGGUAAGCCUUCAGUAGAGAGUUGAGGGAGGAGGGUGUUGUUCCAGACAAGGUCUCGUACGUGAGCAUCAAGGUCUUGAAUUUGAUACGGGCGGCUACAGGAAGCCAGUGGAGGGAGAUGUAAAGGGGUGUGACAUGGGUUCUUUUGGGCUGGUUGAAGACGAGGCGUGCUGCUGCAUUCUGAAUCAUCUGAAGGGGUUUGAUGGAGCUGGCUGGGAGGCUCGAGAGUAGUGCAAUGCAGUAGUCCAGUUUUGAUAUGACAAGAGCCUGGACUAGUAGCUGCAUAGCCUGUUCGGUGAGAUAGGGUCUGACAUAAAUAAUGCAUUAAGCCGUGGCCUUAGCAAAAGUGUAUCGAGGCGCUGAGGAAACCCAUCUGGAAAGCUGACUUCUGGUCUGGAAUACUUGUUUGUGUCUCCUGUCAGUCAUUUUACAGACACUUUACUCUACGGGCCACUGAAGUUCCUGGCGGUGGAGCUUUGUGAACAUGGGUGGGAAUCAUUCGAAUGUCUAACCCACCUAACUGUUAGAGACCUAUUCUUGGAAAAAGAAAGAAAUAAUUUUAUCUAAUGUACCUUUAAUGUUUUUAGCUCUCACAGGAUACUUUGCUGCUACUUUUUGAUUUAAUUUAGUAGACAUAUUUAUGAUAUAAAUGCUUGCGUUUUUAUGACAACACACGGUUGAAAUAUGUUUAGGAGUUGCUGUGAGGUAUGAUGAUUUGAUGAUGACCUUCACCAUGCCAUGUGAUUGCAGAAAAGGAAGUGCAAACAGCACUUGCUGGUCAUGUGACAUGCCUUUUUUUUUUUGUUUUAAUGUUACAGUUAAGGCCGUGUUUUUCCAGUUACAUAGGAAAAUAGUAGUUUUGUAUUAUUGCCGAUCCAAAAAUUUGAGAUAAAUUCAUUGUUGCCAUAUGGCAACACCAUGCAGUAAAGGGUUAAUACAUGCUUUUUCAAUAAUCAGUGCAGAGAAGCAAGAGGGAAAAACAAGAUGAACACAUGCAAAGAGAGAGAGAGAACUAAUUAUGGAUGUACAACAUAAUAGAUUAGAGAUUAGAUUGUGGUAUAUUAAAUACGAAGCUGGUCACAGUUCUGUAAUGUGGAGCUCGUUAAAAUUUUGUUCCAUGCUACAACCCUAGUAGUAUAAUAAAAAAAAUCAACUAAUGAUUGGUAGUAAUCUAUCUGCAUAGAUGGAAGAAAACCUGCUGUCCCGGAGAGCCGCUCUUCUCCGCAUGUUGAUUCUUUUGAAGGAAAUGUAAGCACUUUUUCCUCAUUUGGAAACAACAAAAUGAGACAAUGUGACCACAAAAUGUUUAAAAAACAAUGUGCAUCUAUAAACGCAAGUCAUUGCAGUAAAACUGAUUUCGACUGCAUAAUCUAUUAAGGAUUAUGAGCAUCGUGACCAAUAUGGAAUAGCCAAUAACCCCUUUGUGAUGCCUUCUACUAAUUAAUCACGGACAGGCCGUUAUCACGAGCUCAUGCAGAAAACCGAACAUUUAAAAUUUCAAAUAAUG